AUGCCAACCACAACUGCCGAGACGCUUUCGCUCGUGACACGCAACGUAUCUGUCGCGCCCCUUGUUCUUCUUUCUGCCGUCGACCAUUACAAUCGCACCGCCCAAAACAAGGCCAAGAGAAGGGUUGUUGGUGUUCUCCUCGGCCAGAAUGACGGCAAGAAUGUGAGGGUGUCAAACAGCUUCGCAGUUCCCUUUGAAGAGGAUGAGAAGGACCCAUCCGUGUGGUUCCUUGACCACAACUACGUCGAGUCAAUGAACGAUAUGUUCAAAAAGAUCAACGCGCGAGAGAAGCUGAUAGGAUGGUAUCACUCUGGGCCGAAGCUGCGCGCAUCCGAUUUGGAGAUCAACGAGCUCUUCAAGCGCUACACGCCAAACCCUUUACUAGUAAUCAUCGAUGUUCAGCCAAAGGAGUCUGGUGUACCCACCGAUGCUUAUUUUGCUGUUGAGGAGAUCAAAGACGAUGGUACCACGACUACGCGAACGUUCUUCCACACCCCUUCGGUAAUUGAAGCAGAGGAAGCCGAGGAAAUUGGCGUCGAGCACCUCCUACGAGAUAUUCGUGACGUCGCCGUCGGUACGUUGUCGACAAGAAUCACAAAUCAGCUGCAAUCACUCCAGGGUCUUCACCUGCGUCUGCGUGACAUUGGUGUUUAUCUGCAAAAAGUGCUUGAUGGCCAACUUCCUGUGAACCAUGCCAUCCUCGGCAACCUGCAGGACGUCUUUAACCUGCUGCCCAACCUCUCCACCCCCGAGACGGAUGGCAAGUCCAACGGCAGCGAACUGGCUCAUGCCAUGAGCGUCAAGACCAAUGAUCAGCUCAUGACGAUCUAUCUCAGUAGCCUGAUUCGCGCUAUUACUGCAUUCCACGACUUGAUAGAAAACAAGAUCCAGAACCGCCAGCAGCAAGAAGAAAAGGAUGCCAAGAAGGAGGAUGUCAACAGCAAAGACGAGAAAAAGGCCAACGGUUCGGCUGAGUCAAGCACGGAAUCCAAGGAUGUCGCUGAGAAGGAGAAGGAGUCAAAGGACAAGAAGAAAUAA